GUUAUAAAUAGAGUCAUUUAUGACUAUAUCAUUCUAGUAGCAGACGAAACGUCAAGUACAGUAAAAUGAUGGGAAUAUUCAAAUGUAUAAUUGCAUUCGUCACACUCUACAUAAUAGGCCUAUCUGAAGUGAAAGGCCUACUUGAAGGCAAUUUCAUCAGAACACCAGUCGGUGUUACCGACAAUCGGAUGACCAAUGAUAAAGGUACAGACGAGACCGUAAACCUAAAAUCAUCAGGUGAGCGACAUUCCAGGGUCAGGCGUUCCACUGGAUUUUCGGCAGCCGAAUCGCAGUCUAUUGUUGCCAAACACAAUGCUCUACGGUCACAGGUUUCUCCAGAAGCUUCGGACAUGCAGUUUAUGACAUGGGAUGACAAUCUUGCAACAAUGGCUCAACAGUGGUCCGACACGUGUAACUUCAACCACGGACAACCAACUAACAUUUCGCCAUACAGUUCUAUUGGACAAAAUCUAUACGAAAUGUCAGGCGGUCCCGACAGUCGCCCUAAUGGAGUAACAGCUACGCAGGCUUGGUACAACGAGUACCGAUUUUAUACAUACGAGAAGAACGAAUGUCAAGAAAAUAAGGUCUGCGGACAUUACACACAGAUUGUAUGGGCCCAUUCACACGCUGUUGGAUGCGGUCUAUCUUACUGUAGCAGCACAGUUGAUGGAGCCUUAAAUGUUUGGAUUGUAACAUGUAACUAUGGACCUGCUGGUAAUAUUGGUCACCAUCCUUAUACUACUGGACGGAGUUGUACUGAAUGUCCUCCAGGCGCCAGGCAAUGCUACAAAAACCAAUGUCGUUCAUGCUCGGUCUACGACGAAACGUGUACUUGUAACCUGCAAUGUAAACAUUGUGGAACAUUGAAUUAUGAAAAGUGUUCGUGUACGUGUCAACAGGGAUAUGUAGGCAACGAUUGCUCAGGAAUUUGUCAAGACAUUUCUGCUUAUUGCAAUGCUGGCUGGUAUUUUCCGCAGUGCUCCACCCAUGGCUUCGUCCUCAAUGGCUGUCCCAAGAUGUGCGGCACUUGCACUGACCCUGACCCAAGUUCCGUUUGUGUCGAAUCAACAACUGUAAAAUCGACGACAGAGCGGCCAACCACAACGGACGGAGACAGACAAACAACUGGAGAUUGUCGAGACAUUUCUGCUUAUUGCAAUGCUGGCUGGUAUUUUCGGCAGUGUUCCACCUAUGACUUCGUCCUCAAAAACUGUCCCAAGAUGUGUGGAACAUGCAGCGAGUAGUAGACAUAAAAUUGUCUCAUUAAUUUUGUGAUGUAUUAUUAUAAUGGUUAUUUAAAAUUUGAAAAUUGGUUCCAAUAGUAUAUGGUAUAUCAUACAUUUCAAUUUAUUUAAACUAAUCUGAUAUAACAAUUAAUGAUGUGUAUUUUAAAAUAUUAUAUGAAUGAAUACCAUUAAACAGAAUACUGUUAAUAUAUACUUUAUUUUGAGUAAUCCAGUUUACUUCAGAGUAAAAAGUAAUCAGGACGACAACAAUAAAUUUGAGGGUAGUAAUAACGGCAAUGCAGGUUUAAAUCAAGAAAGUGUUUGAAUAAAAAGUAACACAUUCACAAUGACUUCAUUAAUCAUGCUUUUGCGAAAUCGUGAGAACUCCUGGUACAGACUUGAAUGAUAACAACAAUAUAUGUUAAUAAUACAAUAAUUAUUGGACUCUAAUCAGUUUGUUCGCUAAACUAAUAUAUUAGAAAUCAAAAUUAAAAUGAAUUUACACGA